AUGUUGUCAGAACCACACAAGACACUCUUGGAUGAUAUUGCAAAAUUAUAUACUCUAGCUGAUGACUACAACGUUUCCAUAGAAGUCGGGGAGGGGCGGAAUAUGGAGGUGUUUAAAGCGCAUUCCGUUAUUCUGAGAGCGAGAUCACCUUAUUUUAAGUUAGCUUUAUCACAGACUUGGGUAAAGACUUUUGACCAGAUGAUACUGUUUAAGAAACCGAACAUGACGCCGGAUGUAUUUCGAGUCCUUCUGAGAUAUAUCUACACGGGUCAAGUCUCGUUUACAGACUCCCCAGAUUUAGAUUUGUUAGAUCUAAUCCUUGCAGCAGACGAGUUGGUUCUUGUUGAACUGGUGGAACAGGAUCCAGAACUGAUAUUCAGAGCGCCUGAUUUUUUAUCACUUGAAGAAGAGUUUCUUGUUGCUCUAUUAAAAAGAGAUGAUCUUGGCAUGGAGGAAGUAUCUGUCUGGGAGCACGUAAUUCGAUGGGGAAUAGCUCGGAACCCCUUGCUUGAUAAACCACCCGAGACAUGGACUAUUGAAGACUUUGACACGCUUCGCAACACGCUCUCUUCCACCUUUCCUCAUAUUCGGUUCUUCAAUAUCUCGCCCGCCGAUUUCUACUACAAAGUUAGACCAUAUAAGAAAAGUCUUCCUCCCAAAUUACGUGCCGAUAUCAAAAAGCACCAUUACGUGCCUGACGCCGAGAUUGAGUCUGUCAUACUUCCUCCUCGGAUUCAAGUUAAUAAACCCGAUUCCGUGAUCAUCAAUGCUAAUCAUAUUGUGCUGCUUGCUCGAUGGAUCGGCGGACAGGAUGAUAACCCGUUUUCAAGCGACAAUUUAUUCUUGUGUCGUAAAGUGCCCUAUAACUUUAAGUUAUUGCUCCGUGGAAGUAGAGACGGAUUUGACUCUGAUGUAUUUCAUACGUUAUGUGACUAUCAAGGCGCUACUGUAGUGAUAAUUAAGACAGGAUCUGGACAGAUAAUCGGUGGAUAUAACCCGGUUAAUUGGAAGUCGUCUGGAGAAUGGAUAGCUACAACUGAAAGUUUUAUUUUCAAUCUAAAUUACGGUAAUGAUUUGCUUAAUGUCAAGCUCAGCAGAGUCAAUGAUCGCGCGGGAGCAAUAUGCGACUUUAAAGGACUGAGAGCGACUGGAUUUGGAGGUGGAGAUUUGAAAAUAUUUGGGCAUAUGUGUAACAGGGCAUCGUAUGAACACGAUAUACUGAAUGAGACUACCUUUACUCGUGAAGAGUAUGAAGUGUUUAAGAUAACACGGAAGAAACAUCCACCUCCAUUUUUACAAAAGAGGAUGGUGAGUGGUCAUGAUGGAAUAGCUGAUUAUUAA